AAACUUUAAAACCCAACAUAGCCAGGGUGUUUUUAUGAUAACUUCUAUCGAAUCGUAUUAUUCAAAUGAAUGGAAAUUAAAAUGCUCCCCUGAUACCAGCUUUUUGAGUUCUUGGCAGGGGCUUUCUCUAUUUUCUCAUUCUUUGCUCAUAUUUUUUCUACCUAUGCACGCUCUUACAAUUCAUUGCAUUUUUAAUAAGACACCAAAAACAAUGGAUUCUGUUAAAUGGGUUAUUUUCAAUACACAUUGCUGGUGUUGCUAUGUUGAUAUUCUGGUAUGCUCGCUCAUAACUCCAUAUUUCUUUUUUCCAACCCUUUCCGGCUUCCCAGUUGGUCUUUUUCGCGUUCUUGGAAUUCCAACAUCGGCUCAACUCUAUAUUGGAAUGGUUUCUUGUAUGGUUAUGGGUAUUUCAAUAAUUGCUUUGUUUGAGAAUCGAAGUAGUUGUAUUCAGAACAAUCGAUUUAAAAUAACCAAAAUUGGUACAAAAGUAGUAUAUUACUUUCUAAAUUGCAUUCCCAUUGUGGGAUACCUCAUACCGCCCUUUUUCCACAUUCCAGAUCAAAAUGCAGCAAAAUUAAAUCUGCUUCAGACAAUACCAUGCCCCACGGAAGAGUUCUUUUACAGUGAAAUUUUCGUUUUAGCAACCGAUGAUUUUUGGCACACUUAUCUCUGGAUGUUUACAACUAUUAUAGUUAUUGGAAUUUUUAUUCAAGUCGCUUUCUUUUUUCUCUGUUGUUUAUAUUAUAUUUAUUUUUCCACAACAAUCACUCUUUCUCCGAAAACAAAAAAGUAUCAACGUACAUUUUUCUUAGGAACAAUUGCUCAAGCACUGGUUCCAUUGAUUUUCCUUUUGGCACCAGCGGCACUUGUAUUUUUAUCCAUUUUCUUUAAUUACUAUGAUCAAUCUCUUAAUAAUUUUAUUGUUUUAUUUAUCUCAUUUCAUGAUUUUGUCUCAACGUUUAUAAUUAUUCUGAUUCACCAUCCAUAUAGGCAAUUUUUAAUUCAAGUUGCAACUUUUGAUAAAGUUCAUAGAAAGUGAACACAAA